UUUUUUUUUUUUUACAUCAUAUGGGACUGAACAAUUGUUGCUUUUGUAUUCCGUUAAGAACCGGUGUUACUGCGAUCGCCGUCAUUUCAUCUGCAUUUUAUGUAGCUAUACUCAUAUGGUUAAUAAAAGAUCGCAGCAUCAUUUAUAGUUUCCCGCAACAAGACCUAUCAGCUGCGUCGGCGGUGUUCUGGACAGCCGUCUCCGUAGUCGGAGUCUAUGCCGUGAGUUCGCUAUUUGGUGUGAUUGGUGGAAUUACACAAAACAGAAAUAUGGUAAACAUAUUCCGAUUUCUUUAUUGGGCUAUGGCUGUAUUACUCUUGCUCUCUUCUGUGGGUAUUUGGAUUGUCAUGAUGGUGAAGAAGAGCUCGAUUGUGCUUGGAUGUCAGCAAUAUCUCACCGAAUUAAACACAGCCAAUUCACCUUAUUCGGCCGUUGUGUUGCCUAAUGGUACUAGUACGAGUCUUUAUGCCGACGAUUGUGCUUCUGCUACAAAGCAGUUCUUGAUUGUUAGUGGUAUUAUUAUUUUGGUGGGUAACUUUGUGCAGAUCUAUUUUGCAUCGACCAUCAAUGCGUAUGCCCGUCGACUCAAGGCGUCGGGAGGCGGUAGUGCAGCGCAACAUCAUAAACUACGCGAUAUGGAUGACUUUCCGGAAACCUCCAAAAUGACGGUUUACUAAUUUCUUUAGAUCUUUUUCUUAUAUACCUGCUUUUUGCACACGAAAACAUGCACACGUGAAUCCUAUUUUUAUUUUUAUUUUUCGCUUCCGAAAUAGUCCCACUUUUUAAUAAUAAAAAAAGAGUUACCCUGGCUUUUUCUUUUCUUCA